UGAAAAUGUUGGAUGAGCUGCACUCAAACUGGGAUUGCAGGUGCAGGCAAUCCUUUAAUUUUCAGACCCGCACUCCACCUGUCUGAUAAAACUCCUGAACCUGCAAAACAAAGUAGAAGAAGAGAAAAAGAACCGAACUGUGCCGCAGCGCACCGCUGCUUUAAAAGCUAUCUGAGCAGAUCCUCUGGUGUCAAGUCUCGUUGUCGAAUGCAACACAGAUAUCCGUCAAAUGCGUGCACUCGCAAAAGACGAACUAGAGACGCUUUGAUAGAGAGAAUAGAGAGCAAGAGGGGUUUGAGAAGUUUGGGAGAGCAGAAAAAUGGCAGUACGUUUUCUCCCUUUGAAGAAAGUAGCAGACCCCUUUUUAUAUGGAGAGGAGAAGCUAACUAAUUAGGUUCAGCCACUACUCUCAUUCCUACAACCGAACGCACCUCAAAAACCCUGAAUUUCAAAACCCAUAAAUCCAAGGAGAUCUUCUUCCUUCAAUUGAAGGCGAGUACAGAUUUAUGGCUUUAAGACGGAGCGUCCCUGCACGCGCCAAGUUGUUCUAUCAACAGCAACGAGUCGCCGUCCCAUUGUCGCAUGUCGAUCGUGAUGAUGUCGACCGCGAAAACCUGCCCCGCCAUAACCCCAUUUACAAGGGCAGUGGGAUCCCCGAUAUUCUGCGGCGCCGCCUCCAGCUCGGGGCCGGAGCAAAUGUGGGAUGUUUUUAUGGGUCGAGGAAUCUGUUCCAAGAUCGGAGAUUUGCGAUUCCAGCUGCUUUCUCGCCAGUUUCUGUGAGGAAGCUCUCGACUCUUGGUGAUGUGGUGGAAGAGAUGGUUACGAGUGAGGUGGCGGCUGCGGCGGCGGACUCGUUCAGGCCGGUGGCCGCAAUACAAUACUUGACUGAUUAUGUGCACACUUUGACAGGGUUGAAUUGGUGGGCAGCCAUUGUGAUGACCACUAUCUUGUACCGUACGCUUAUACUUCCUUUUACAAUCCGUCACACUAUAGCUGCUUCAAAAUUCACUCUUAUAAAGCCCCAGUUGGAUGAGAUUCUGAAGAAAAAGAAGAGUGGGGUUAUUACUCUUGCUGAAUCCCAGGCAUUAUCGGGAAAAUUAUAUAAAAAAUAUGAUGUUACACCGUUCACCCCUGUAAAUGGAAUUCUAUUUGGCGGACCUGUCUUUCUCUGUUUCAUCUUUGCAAUCAACAACAUGGCAGUAAAGGUUCAAUCUUUCAAGGAGGGAGGAGUGUUUUGGUUUACUGAUUUGACUACUCCAGAUGCAAUUCAUAUCUUGCCAGUUUUGACGGCACUGACAUGUUGGAUAAUGAUGAAGCGCAACACUCAACAAGGUGUAGUGGGCGAUCCAGGGGCCAUAUUCUUCGCCUCUACAGUCUUAGCAAUAUUAACGAUCCCUGCCACUGAAUAUUUCCCGAAGGCUAUAUGUUGUUACUGGAUUACCUCACACCUGUAUACCAUUGCGUACGGAUUGGUGAUAAAGAAGCCUGAGGUGAAGCAGAUGUUGGGAAUACCGGAUAUUCCACAACCACCGCCGCUGCCACCAAAUCCCUCGUUUUCCGACGCUCUGAAGGGGUUCAUACUUCAUAUGCAGCUGAAUUAUAACGCACCACCAUCACAUCAGUCUCUAUCACAACUAGCGCAGUCUUUACCACCACCUCCACCUGUUGAUGAAGCGUCGAAGCUGGUAGAUCCAAGAAUACGGUCGUUGGCGUCGGCGGCGGCGAGGAUUAAGAACUUAGAGAAAGAGCUCAAGAGAGAGAAAAAAGGGAACAAAAGGUCUUCCAGGUGAUGAAAAGUUUAGCAGAGCUACAUGACCAUACAAAUAUGGUUAUUUUAAAGAAUGCAAAUUUCACCUUGUUCUUAGCUACCGUGUUUCGGCUUCUUUCUUUCUUUCUUUCUUUUUUUUUUUUGAUGAAUGUUUCGCUUUCUUUUUUCUUUUUGAUGAAUGUUUCGGCUUUUUAUUGGAUUGUAGAAAACUGAAGGAAGUUGGUCAAAACUCAAGCACAGAGUCGGUUAAUUAGUUAGAUUCCAAUCAAUAUAUAUAUUAAAGUAAAUAAUUUGGUUGCAA